AGCCAGGUCAUUUCUUCCACACUCAAGUUAAAUACAAAUGUCCCUAAAUUGUUUGUAUACAAACCAUUAUGGACGAAUCAAUGCAAAUUUGUAAAAGGUGCAUACGACUGUCCAGUAGUCUUUCAUAAAAAGAAUUUUUACCAGCCAUGGUUAUCUGAAAAUUAUUAUUAAAAAUAAAACAUAGGAGAUGUGUGUGUGUAUACAUUUUUCAUGAUUGUGCUUUCACUGCAAAUUCAUUGAGCAUUGCAGCUCAUUGAUCUGAUGGGAGGAGGGAGGUGGGGGCGGGGUUAACCAAGGCGGUGCAGAAAUUCCUUAUGAAUGGAACCCGGACUGGUGACGUCAAUGGGGGCGCUUGACGCAUGUGUCACGUGUCCCGGGUGGUCCUCUAUAAGAGGCACUGACGCUGUCCGCGGUGCUGAAAACAAGACGAGGGAGACGAGGAAUCCCGGCUUUGGAAUCCAAGCAAGUGGAGCGGACGUUAGGAAAUCCUAAGAAGAAAAACAAAAACAGAAAAGGACGUUAGGAAAUCCUAAGAAGAAAAACAAAAAAAGAAAACAGAAGAGCGACUCAAAAGGAGGACAAGGAGAAGAGAAGGAGAAGGAGAAACGCACACCCACGGGGAAGUGUGCUGUGAAGCGUGACAACAAGACUGUGACGUCCUAAGGAGCGGAGGCUGGAAUCCCCUCACAGUGCUCCCACCUCAACGGGAUUGUUCACGAUGCAUGGAUUCGGUGUUGUCAUCAUCAUCAGCACCUUCAUCACUGUUCUCGUCACAGCCAAGCUAUUAUCACCAUGACUCCCCCCCCCCCCACCCCUCAUCAAAAAUAACCCCACUCAAAAGGAAUUUCUUCAUCCUGCUCACCAGAGGCCAUGAUGGGUUCCCGCAACACCCCAAGUGUCCUUCUCCUCUUGGUUGUCUUUGCGUGGGCCUCCUCGGCUGUCCCCACCGCGACCCCCGACACCCAACGUGUCAUCCCUACCGAGAUGGCGCCGUCGAGAGAUGGGCAGAGCGACGGGGAUGAGGAUCGAAUCGCAGAGAGGGAGGCGCAAGGAGAUGACCUCUUUGACGACAUGGAUCCCAAAACACUCGCGGCGCUUUUGCUGGGGGCGCUCAAUCACACCCGGGCGGAGAGCAGGAGGGAGGAAGACCCCGUGGCGGGAGACCAACCCGAAGGAGAAGAGCGGGAUAGAGAUGGUAGACUCAAGCUGGAGCUGCUGAUGGCCUCACAAGCGAGGGAGGAGAAGAAAAAAGCCGAGGAAGAGGAGGAGAGGAUGACGGAACGGGUGAGCAGUCGCACCACGAGCCAGACGGUCCCGGCCCGGAAGCAACCGCCGGCCGAGCAAGGCGCCGAGGAAGAGCAGCUCAACCCGGAGGAGCUUAAGAAUCUGGAGACCAUGAUGAAAGAAUUUCCACGUUUGGAUACGGCCGCAAAGAGAGCGGGGGAGCCAAACCAGAGGGAAAGUCGCGGCUACAGCAGCUACAAUGACAUCAUCCCAUUCAACAAAGGCAACAAUGUGGCGCUGUCCAAGAAGAAACUGAAAUGGCAAGAGGAGACCCAGCAGAACUUGAAUGUUCCAUCAUUCAGAGGCAACUUCAUGGAUGACUUCAAAGACACGCCUCCGCCCGAAGAGGACGAGGAGGAGGAGGAGGAGACGUUGAGUCCCCAAGAAGAGGAGGCCCGGGCCAAAGCCGAGCAAGAGGAGAUGAGGAGGCAAGCCGCCGAGGUGCAGCGAGCCAAAAUGGAGGAGGAAAAGCUAGCAGACAUCGCCUCGGACAUGUUGCUGCGCUACAUGGUCAAGCAGAACGGCGGCGGCAGGAAGUACGCCUCGUCUUCCCCCAACGCCGCCGAAGACAAGAGGUCCGAAGAAGAGCAGGAGGAGGACGACAUCGACCCCCAGACCAUCGACAAGCUGAUCGAGAUCUCCAGCAAGCUCCACCUGCCCGCCGACGACGUGGUGGACAUCAUCAGCGACGUGGAGAAGAAGAAGAAAAAAGACGUGAACCCGCAAAUCCCCGUGUCCUCAUUUCCGGACUCCGAAAGCCGUCCGAUGACCUUUCCCCUCUCCAAGCAACCGUCUCCAUCGCGCCAUCUCCUAAAAAACUGGUUUCAAGAGCAAUCGCCAACGAAAUCCAAGGAAUUCUGGAGCACUCCGGUAUCCAAACCUUAUAUGUGGCCCAAAGCUCUGAAACCGGUGAAGCAAAGCCAAUGGAGUUGGACGCGCUACCCGUACACCCGGCCCUCCUUCUACCCGGUCUACUUCCCUCCUCCUCGCCCCACGUACCGAUACUACGUACCCAACCGCGCUCUGGCCUUAAACACCUUCCUCCAGCGGUCCCCGUUCCAGCCCAAGCAGCGCUACCUCAACUGGGUGCAGCCCCGCUUCAGGAAGCCCCCUGCCGCCCUGCAGCGCAAGCCCUUCUACCCCAGAUACCGCCUCCCCUCGAGGCCACUGGCCGCUCCCAGAUUCCCUCCGCCACAAGAUCCGUUUUACCAGUCGCCCCCAAAGGGAUACUUGUCCGACAGUAAGGGACAACUGGAGAAAUACAUUGAGCAGCUACUCAUGAAGAGGCCUCGGGUGCAAGACUGAAAGUGGCGAGCCAGCCCGGGAAGGCGGGGCUUAAGGAAGAGAACGGAUCCGGUGCCGAGGAGUGUUUCUAUUUUUGUCAUCAUCCGAUCCAUUCCGGAAGGGCUUUAAUCGGCCCGCUUCUGAACUCCCAAAACAUUCGAACAAUCAAAGGACGGUCAAUCAAUCUCACCACAUGGCCAGAAGAAUACACAGGAAUGACUGAAGCGUCACUGUGUUGUUUUUAUUAUUUGUGCACGUUCAAUUUCACAUACUGUGUAUGCGGUUGGCCUUUCAAACAAAAGAGCAAAAACGACAUUUGCGAAAAGGACGUACAGUAUUUGAUGGCGGGGGCAGCGAGGCAGCACUGUAAUGACUCUGGUGACUCAUCCCUUUGCACAACUUCAAUUACCUUGUUGCUAUAGUGCCAAAGUCUACAUGCCAUUCCUUUUCUUUUACUGCCAAGAUCUGCUGGGAGCACUUAAGUGUGUGUGUGUGUGGGGGGGCACUGCCCUCGAAAUAUUCUUGGACACCCCAGGUGUAUAAUCGACUUUUGGAUCGUUUUUUUCCUGAUAUUUUCUUUCAACAUUUCCCCAUUUUGGGGGUUUGUCAAAAAUAUAUGUUUUGCAGACCCCUGAGAUAUCUUUGGGCCGCCCCCUGCCCCCCCCCCCCCCCUCUCUUGAAAGAAUUCCUAGCUCCGCCAGUGGCUCGGAGUCACAUUGCUGGACAAAAACAAAAAAUUGCAAUAAGACCCAGCGGAAUGGGGUAAGGAUUUGACCCAGCAUGUUGGGUCAAGAUUUCGAUCCAAUAAACUACCCAUACGCAUGAUAAGUGAAGAGACCAAAAAAUAGGUUACCAGGUUGUGGUGAAAAGUAAUAUGUUCCUGCAAAGAAGCAACUUUCCCUCCCGCACGAAAAAUUAAAUUGAAUUCCAUUUGGUAAUGUUUAAACCAGGUUGCGCAAUCACUAUUCUACAUUUGUCAGUUGAAGUUGUUUACAUAUUGAUAACAUAUACGCUGCCUUACAGGUCACUGUGACAUUGUUAGCAUUUAUUCAUUCAUUUUGCUCAUCUUUUUUUUUUUUUGUAUGAUCCAUGAGCUCCACUUGGGGAAUGUAAACACACACGGAAUGAUUCCAAAAAGCUGCUUCAGGACUAAGAAGUGUCUUCACAGGCGAGAAGGGGAAAUGGCCAUGUUGCUUUUUGGACAUUUUGUGACUAUUAUUUGUUGCUAAGGGGAGAAGAAAAUAAAUUUGCCAUGUGGCCAUAAUAUUCCCAAAUCACGGCAUCGACAAUCUCAACAAAUUCAUCCCAACCGCUCUCAUGAAAACAAGUUUUGUAAUUUGUACCAAACUGAUAUUUGUAUGAGAUCAAGAUGGCAUCUGCGUGUAAAGAAGUGUGCACGUUUAGGUAUAAUUGCAUCUAAAAUGUCUUCUCUUACGAGAUUCCAACGCAACAAUGAAAAAGAAUUUAAAAAAAAAAAUGUCUUCAAGAUGACAGAAGCAAUGUUGUCGUACCUUGAGAUGAUCCUUGUUUGAGUGAUGUACUGUUGUUGCCUGUACAAGACCUCUUUAGAUGUAUCUUGUUCAAAUUGUCCAAUAAACAUGCGUUUGCUGGAUAUGCAAGUAUGCGCAUGUCAAUGACUACUUUUGCUACACACAAAGAAACCAAUAAA